GGAUCUAAUCCCAAAAAACGCCCGUACCAUGGCGGCUUCGCUCUCCCACUUCCCCUCCUCCGCUUCGCCCCCGCGAUUCUCCUUCGCGAAGCUCUUCUCCCCCCUCUCCCGCUCCAAACCCCAACCCCGCCACCUCCACCUCCUCCCCCAAAACCCUAGCCGUAACCCUAAAUCCGUCCUCAAUUGCGCUAGAGCAGCUUCGAACCUCCCCACGCUCUCCGCUUCCGCCGCCGAGGCCGAGCCCCCUUCUCUCGGCGACGUCACCAGGCCCGAUUUCCCCAUACUUCAUCAGGUAGUUAAUGGCUUCAAUUUAGUUUACUUCGAUAAUGCUGCGACGUCUCAGAAACCUUCUAGUGUUUUGAAAGUUUUGGACGAGUAUUAUCAGUCCUAUAACUCAAAUGUUCACCGUGGCAUCCAUUAUCUGAGUGCAAAGGCUACAGAUGCAUAUGAAGGUGCUAGAAAUAAAGUUGCAGCUUUUAUUAAUGCUUCCGAACGUAGAGAGAUUGUAUUUACUCGUAAUGCUACUGAAGCUAUCAAUUUAGUAGCCUAUUCUUGGGGUCUAUCCAACUUAAAAUCUGGGGAUGAGAUACUACUCACAGUUGCUGAACAUCAUAGUGCUAUAGUUCCCUGGCAAAUUGUUGCUCAAAAGACUGGCGCAACUCUAAAGUAUGUCAAUUUGACAAAAGAAGGGCUUCCCGAUCUUCAGCAAUUGAAGGAAUCUUUAUCAAACAAGACGCAGAUUGUAAUUAUUCACCAUGUUUCAAACACGCUUGGUUCUGCUCUUCCAAUUGAAGAGAUCACGGCAUUGUCACAUAGAGUUGGUGCGAAGGUCCUAGUAGAUGCUUGUCAAAGUGUACCCCACAUGGUAGUUGAUGUCCAAAAACUUGAUGCUGAUUUCCUUGUCGCAUCUUCACACAAGAUGUGUGGGCCCACAGGCAUUGGUUUUCUAUAUGGUAAAAGCGAGUUGUUGUCCUCUAUGCCUCCGUUUUUAGGUGGGGGUGAAAUGAUUGCUGAUGUGUUUCAUGAUUACUCAACAUAUGCCGAACCUCCAUCCAGAUUUGAAGCUGGAACUCCUGCAAUUGGGGAAGCCAUAGGAUUAGGGGCAGCAAUUGAUUAUUUGUCAAACAUUGGAAUGCAAAGGAUCCAUGAUUAUGAGAAAGAGUUGGCCAACUAUCUAUACGACAGCCUUUGUUCAAUUCCGAAAGUGCACAUUUAUGGCCCCGCUCCUUCAGAAAUUUCACACCGUGCUCCUCUUUGUUCAUUUAAUGUCGAGAAUAUUCAUCCAACAGAUAUUGCAACAUUUAUUGAUGAGCAGUACGGGGUGGCUAUUCGAUCAGGGCACCACUGUGCACAGCUGCUACACCGAGCCUUAGGUGUCAAUGCAAGUGCGCGCGCCAGCCUCCACUUCUACAAUACGAAAAAAGAGGUGGAUAUCUUCAUUCAAGCGCUUAAAGAAACUAUCGAUUUCUUUACCUCCAUACACUGAGAUUACUAGCUCCUUUCUGUGUAGUCCUUUUUUCCUUCGUUGCAACUUAUAAACUCUUUUCCACACAAACAAAACGGCCAACCGGUACCUCAUUUUGAUUUUCUCGCCUUAUAAUGCUUGUAUCAUAGUUUCACAAUGUUUAUAUUGUAUCGGAUAAGUUAAAAACCAGUACCACUUUAUCAAAUGGAAAUAAAAUAAAUGAAUCUCUUUCUUCGA